AUGAGGUGCAGUGACAGCAGCAGCAUGGGGCUCACGCUGCCCUGGAAGUCAAGCGCGACACAACACAACACGGGAGGCCGCUUGUAACUGAGGCGCACACCUCAGCUGCCGCGGUCGGACGGAUACCCGAGCAGGCUCGACUAAUGUCUGAGUAUUAAUAUCUGUGACUUUCGACCACGUCGUGACUUGGAUUUGUUUGCCAACGCGGGUCAGAAAGUGACGUCCUUGUAGCGACAAUGAACUCAGGGGACUGCGCAGGUGUGCUGGCGGGUUAAUUAGUUGUUUUUUUUCCCGCCGCCGCGUCCUAAUGGAGUCGUCCCGGCUCCGGAGCUGCUGACAGACGUCGGCUUGACGUCAUGGAGCACGAGCUUUCCUCUGCGGCUGGGAGCCUGUCGUCCUCCGGCUCACAAACCCUGUCCGAGGGCGACGACGUCACAGCUGCGCGGCACGGCCGAGUGUCCGGAGGUGAAGGUGAUGACGGCCACAGCUCGGACACCGACAGUGUCGGCGAAGUGGAGGACGAGCGAGACGCGCAGCGCGACGAGGAGGCGCCCGGCGAGGAAGAGUGUGAGGACGAGGACGAAAAGGACUACGUGGCUGUGAAACCACAACCUGCUGCCGUCGCUUUGGACAACAUCCUCUACCCUCCCUCCUUGUCCUUCAGGAAGUCCAGUAACCCAGAGCUGACUCAUGGAUUAAGUCCUGCUCUCAAAUUCAAACGACAUCUCAGUGAAGAUGGGAAAAAUGUUCGAAGAAGAAGUCUUGGGGGUGGUCUCACAGGAAAGUACCUCCUGCUACCUACUUACCCCCAGCAGACGCAGACGGCAUGGCAGCCGUUAUGUGAGGUUUCUAACCUGGUCCGUAUGUGUUCCCUGAAUUUGGGAAAGUCAGACCCCUCCCUCACCUCCAGCCUGAAGGAGCUGAGUCUACCGAGAAGAGGCAGUUACUGCAGAACGAGCAACAGAAAAAGCCUGAUCGGAAGCGGUCAGUCCUCCGGUUUACCACGACCUCACUCCCCUCUCUCAUCUCUUACGGGAACAAGCCCACAAGACAGUCCAAGAAAUUUCUCUCCCAGUGCCUCUGCCCACUUUUCCUUUGCACGCAGUCAUUGCCACAGAGCAGACAGGACUGAUGGUCGCCGCUGGUCUCUGGCCUCCCUUCCCUCCUCUGGAUAUGGAACCAACACGCCCAGCUCCACUGUCUCUUCAUCCUGUUCAUCACAGGAGAAGCUGCACCAGCUGCCCUUCCAGCCUACGCCUGACGAACUGCACUUCCUCUCCAGGCACUUCUGCACUGAGAGCAUCUCCGGGGAUGAGUGCCGCAGAGCGACAGCCAUGCGACCCCGCUCACGCAGUCUCAGCCCGGGAAGAUCUCCAUCGUGUUACGACCAUGAGAUCAUUAUGAUGAAUCACGUCUACAAGGAGCGGUUUCCUAAGGCCACAGCUCAGAUGGAGGAAAGGAUUCAGGAGAUCAUCCGCAGUAACUCUCCCGAGAGCGUCCUCCCUCUGGCAGAUGGUGUGCUUGGCUUUGCCCACCACCAGAUAAUUGAACUGGCCCGUGACUGUCUGGAGAAGAGCCGCCUUGGACUCAUCACCUCCAGCUACUUCUGCGAACUCACCGACAAGCUGGAGAGGCUUGUUCUGGAGUCCACAGAGAGGUCAGAUAGCGAGGAGGUAAACUUCAUCAGAGAGCUGGCGAAGAAGAUCCUCAUCAUCAUCGCCCGACCGGCUCGGCUGCUGGAAUGUUUGGAGUUUGACCCAGAGGAAUUUUACCACCUUUUGGAGGCUGCUGAAGGACAUGCUAAAGAAGGCCAGGGCAUCAAGACAGACAUCCCUCGUUACAUCAUCAGUCAGCUGGGACUGACACGAGAUCCACUGGAAGAUUACAUUGGAGUCAGCACCUCAGACUUAAUAGAAAUCGCUCAGCUGACCAGCUGUGACAGCGGGAUUGCCGAAACCCCAGAAACGGACGAAUCUUCUCAUAGCCUGAGCACAGCCUUGCGGUCCCGGCGAAAACCCUGUGAAUUGGACUUUGAGAUGACAAAACUCAUUAGCAAUGGUGCCUAUGGCGCCGUGUACCUGGUUCGGCAUAAGGAAACUAAGCAGCGGUUUGCCAUGAAAAAGAUCAACAAGCAGAACCUGAUUUUGCGGAACCAGAUACAACAGGCCUUUGUGGAGAGAGACAUCCUCACCUUUGCCGAGAACCCUUUUGUGGUGUCCAUGUACUGCUCCUUUGAGACCCGACGGCACCUGUGCAUGGUUAUGGAAUAUGUGGAAGGGGGAGACUGUGCCACCCUUUUGAAGAACAUGGGCCCUCUGCCUGUGGAUAUGGCCAGGAUGUACUUUGCAGAGACAGUUCUGGCUCUGGAGUAUCUGCACAACUACGGCAUUGUCCACAGGGACCUUAAACCAGACAAUUUGCUGGUUACUUCAAUGGGGCACAUCAAGCUCACAGAUUUUGGCUUGUCCAAAGUUGGGCUGAUGAACAUGACCACUAACCUGUAUGAGGGACAUAUAGAGAAAGAUGCCAGAGAAUUCUCUGACAAGCAGGUUUGUGGCACUCCAGAGUACAUUGCUCCAGAGGUGAUCCUGAGACAAGGUUAUGGGAAACCGGUGGACUGGUGGGCAAUGGGAAUCAUCCUCUACGAGUUCCUUGUGGGGUGUGUGCCGUUUUUUGGAGACACACCGGAGGAGCUGUUCGGACAGGUCAUCAGCGACGAGAUCAACUGGCCCGAAGGGGAGGAUGCCCCACCUCUGGACGCUCAGGAGCUCAUCACCUUGCUGCUCAGACAGAACCCUCUGGAAAGGAUGGGAGCAGGUGGCGCUGCCGAAGUAAAGCAGCAUCAGUUUUUCCACUACCUGGACUGGAACGGGCUGCUGAGGCAGAAGGCGGAAUUUAUUCCUCAGCUGGAGUCUGAAGAUGACACCAGUUAUUUUGACACUCGCUCUGAGAGAUACCAUCACCUGGAGACAGAGGAAGAGGAUACAAAUGAUGAAGACUUCAAUGUGGAGCUGCGACAGUUUUCCUCUUGCUCUCACAGAUUCUCGAAGGUUUAUAGCAGCCUGGAUUUGUCUCGUGGGCACCUGGAGGAGAAAGGAGAGACGGAGGAGAAGAAGAGCGAGAGCCCACUGACUGUGGACUCUCUCAGCUGGACGCCAGACUUUGCUGAAAUGCCUUCGCUGUCCCACUCGACAGACACGGGCCUCCGCCCCGGCCUGCUGCCAAAGUUUGCUAUCUCCGCCGAAAGUGAAGGAGACGAUACCUCGGGCCUCGGUGACCCUACCAAGACCUCCUUCUCCAUCGGAGAGCUCCCACAGGACGAGCCUGACGCUACGACUCCGGGCAGCACCCACAGUGGAGCCACGCUCUCUGGUAGUUUCUCAGAACAUCUGGACCAGUUGACACCCAGAGGUGAAGAGGUGGAGAGUCCCGACAGCUCCAGUCAUACCCCCGCAGACCAAGGUGCUCCGACCGCCUCUCUGCGGCCUGAGAGUGCUGCAGAAAAGCCCGGAGUUUUGGCUAAAGUCCCAAAGUCUGUGUCAACUGGCACCCUUUCCCUUAUGAUCCCUGGGGAUAUCUUCGGGGUGUCUCCCCUGGCCAGCCCCCUAUCCCCUUACUCCCUCUCCUCAGACCCUUCCUCUCGAGACUCCUCCCCAAGCCGAGACUCCUCCCUCUGCACCACCAACCCACGGCAGCCCGUCAUCAUCCACAGCUCGGGGAAGAAGUUUGGUUUCACACUGAGGGCGAUCAGGGUGUAUGCUUGUGACAGUGACAUCUACACCGUCUAUCACAUGGUCUGGAAUGUUGAAGACGGUGGGCCUGCACAUAAAGCAGGACUCAAAGCCGGAGACCUCAUCACCCAUGUCAACGGAGAACCUGUCCACGGUCUUGUCCACACUGAAGUGGUGGAGCUCCUGCUCAAGAGUGGAAGCAAAGUGGCCAUCUCCACAACCCCCUUUGAGAAUACUUCAAUCAAAACCGGUCCAGCCCGGAGGAAUAGUUACAGAAGCAAGAUGGUCAGAUGUGCCAAAAAACCCAAGAAGGAGAAGACACCAGAAAGACGACGCUCCCUGUUCAGACGCUUUGCCAUGCAGCCAUCUCCUCUCCUGCACACAAGUCGCAGUUUCUCCUCUCUCAACCACUCUCUGUCGUCUGGUGAGAGUCUCCCUGGCUCCCCCACCCACAGUCUCUCCCCCCGUUCCCCCACCGCCGCCCUACGGCCAGCACCAGAUUUUACACAGUCAGGUGGCAACUCCUCCCAGAGCAGCUCCCCCAGCUCCAGUGCUCCAAAUUCCCCCGCAGGCUCAGGUCACAUUCGCCCCAGCAGUCUCCACGGCCUAGGCCCCAAACUCCCGGGACAAAGGCUCCGUCAGGGCCGCCGCAAGUCUGCUGGUAGCAUUCCUCUGUCUCCUUUGGCCCGCACACCUUCACCCACGCCCCAGCCAACGUCUCCUCAGCGCUCUCCCUCUCCCCUUCUCAGUGGACAUUCUGUUGCCAUUUCUAAGGCAACCCAAGCCUUCCCCGCCAAGAUACAUUCCCCACCCACAAUUGUGCGCCACAUUGUGCGCCCCAAAAGUGCUGAGCCACCUCGGUCACCCCUGCUAAAACGGGUCCAGUCUGAGGAGAAGCUGUCUCCGUCUUACACGGUGGAUAAGAAGCACCUGUGUUCCAGAAAACACAGCCUGGAAGUGACCCAAGAAGAGGUGCCGGAUGAGGAGCUGAGGCAUGGGGAGCGGGAUUACACCAUGUUGCAGAGUGUGGACGAAAUGGCCUGCGAGCCACUGGCAAUCACCCGUGUGCGGCCUGUUGAGCAGGGCUGCUUAAAGAGGCCCGCCUGUCGCAAGAUGGGCUGGCAGGAUUCGGCGGAGGACCUCGACAAGGAAAAACUGAAGUCCAAGUUGGUUGUGAAGAGACAGGACUGGUCAGAGAGGAGGGAGUCUCUGCAGAAGCAAGAUGCCCUGCGAGAAUGUGACUCAUCCGCCACGUGUGGUGAUGACAGGGAUGAAAGCUGUUUGGUCCGAGGCCAAAACAAAUCCCAGAGCAGCCCAGAGUCUGGCCUUCUGGAGACCAAAGCUGCCAGCGCCUCCCUGAAAGAUGUUCUGUAUAAGAAACUGACCACACGAGUCUCCGAGGGCAUCGCUGAACCGUCUAGUAGCAGUGAAAAUGAAGGAGGACUCCGUACAGCUCUCUGCUCUAUUCACUCCGAGUGGCAGCACACCAGGCAGGGUAAAGACAAUAUGAAGCCGGACCGAUUGGACUUCAAAGCUCCGAACAUUGAGUUCACCAGGAAGAGGUUGUCAUUCGAAGAGCGGGAAGAUUGCAUUUGUCGGCUGUCCUCUGGCAUGCACGAGAACCUCCACUUCGGCUCCACCAGGUCCAAGAGCCUCCAGCUGGACUCUGCCAUGUCUCACGACCACAUGAAGGCGGGAUUGGGAAGUGUUCACUCCAGUCCGGAGGGUCUGGCCCCCAAGCUUUUUUCUGGUCGAGGAGAGAGUGCUGUGGAGAAGCUGCAGCUCAUUUCCUCUGCGGAGUCUUCCCUUCGAAAGACGUCGUCUGAAUACAAACUGGAAGGGCGCCACGUCUCCUCUCUCAAACCUCUAGAGGGCACCCUGGAUAUCGGACUGCUCUCGGGGCCCAGAGUCUCCAAGACAGAGACAUGCUUAUCCAAGAUGAUGGAGAACAUAAGCGACUCUGUCUCUGCGAAUCCUCCAAUUUGGCUUCAGAGCCCCACCGAGAGACAGUUAACCAUCCCCCAGUUGAAAACGGCAGACAAGCUGAAGAGCCCCCUAACAUGUUCCCCAAGCCCUGAAGCCGUUUCUUCCCUAAAUAGCAUAGUUGUCUCAAAAGAGCAGUCAAGUAAUACACCCACUGAAGUGAAAAUCAGUAGAAGUGAUGAGAAAACACACGAUAGACAUAGUGAAUCAUCAAAGCCUCCAACCACCAAAGUGGAGGCCUCAACUUUCACUAUGAAACAAGAGAGCAGGCCCGGCGUGAAGGCCAGUUCGUCACUGGCUCAUGAGCACAGGGGCCCUCGGCACAGCUCGCACUUCUCCUCCUGUGGAAAGACACCGUCCAUACGGGAAGUGAGCAACGAAGAUCAGGACGACGAGGCGGAACAGCAGGAAGUCACAGCACACACGACGUCACAAAGCAGUGCCAGCUCCGAGGCGGUCAUCUCUUUCACUUCACCAAAGUUAGAGGUCGGCUUAAAAAGUUCCCCAGCACCUACACGAGUGCCAACUCCAGCUGCAGCUGCCAGUGACGCAUUGCCUGUCUCACUGAGGCGGAGUAUAAACUCUGGUUUAGAUACAGGUCAGAGCUGUGAGGAAAAAACUAAAACAUCAACGCGGCACUCGAAUUUGACCCCAGCUUCGAUGGUGAAAGUACAGAACAACUCUGCAUCUGCACACGUCCCAGAGAAUGUGCUUUUGAAACAGCAACAGCUGAACAUCUGCUCUUCAAAUAAAGAACCUCAGUUUUCUAUCACAACAUUAUCAUCUGGUUUUGUAUAUGACAAUAAAUCCUCCUGUUUAAAAUCAGAAGUUGGGGACUGCUGUGAAAGAUCUGUUAGCAAGGACAUCGUACAACCUAACAGGUCGGCCGUCAACAGGGUCCCUGAUACAAGAAGCUCAGCCUCCAAGAAUGACAGGAAUACGUGUGCCCCGGUUGCAAAAGUAGAGGCAAGCCCACAGGUAGAGCUGAAUAGAGACGCUGCUGCAGUAAACACGGGAACCUCAUCACAAAAGGUUCCAGAAGUCACACCGAGCAUAAACAAGAAGGACAACACCACGUCUGUUGGUCAAAUCGAGAGCGGUGGCACGUUGCCGCAGACAAAAGCAGAUCCCGUACCACCAAAGACGAAGACCAUGAGAGACUCCGUGCAGCCGUUAAAAAACUAUCCAGCUGAAAAAGCGCCACACAAAUCAUCCGAGUCAGAAUACAGCACCUCUAAAAAAGAAGAAGCGGUUGUCGGUGUGAAUGAAAACUCUGUGGUCCUCACGACGAAACCGAAAAGUUCAGCUUCGGCGGCUGCAAAUGAAAAUGCUCCGAGUCCCAAAUCAAAGUGCGAGCCACAAGCUGCUCCUCGCGCUGCUGUGAAGGCAGAGAGGGAGACCAAACUCCUUGACGUGAAGCCUCAUUCUGCAGCUGCUCCUUUCCCGCUACUUAAGGGCAGUCCAAAUUCAAAACAGAAAGAAUCUGCACCCUCGACAUCCAAUACCCAAGUGACCCAUGAUGCCAAGCGGAAGGAAACGCCAUCCACCGGAUCUGACGCAAAGUCGUCCACUCCUGCUGACGUGAAGCAAAGAGAAACCCAGCCCAAGAGCUCUGUAGGAAAAGAAAACUCGCCAAAAUCUCUCCCUCUGAAAACUGCCCCUUCAUCGUCAACUCCUAAGACUCCUGUUGCUCCGACACCAGUUAUUAAACAAAGUCUUGAAGCCAAACAUAAAGUCCCCUCACCCAAAAGCCAAGCCCCAGUCGUUAAAGACCACCAUGACUCCAAACCAAAAGACGUUAACUCGCCUCCACAUCAGCUGCAGCAGCUCAGGAAGGAGCCUCACGCUGAUCCACCGCCAGUGCUGCCAAAACCUGUGGUGAAGAGAGAAGCUGGCGGCGGCGUCUCAGCUAGACUCUCCACCGGUGCAGCCCAGGAGACUGUAGCCAAGACACACAAGGAUGGUCCCAAACCCGAGACACUCAAAGCGGACGGCCCUAAGGGCCCAGAUGCCAGAAUCGCCACGCCUGACAAACAGGCAUCAUCUGGCCGCAGGGAGCAGGCUGAGAGGAAGAAGAAAGAAGCGCUUCAAGACGUCACAUCCGCACAGAAGAGUGUGAAGCGAGACGUGUCCAGAGCUGCUCCCGCUGCGCAGAAAGACGCUUCGGACAAGGACGCCGGCCGGUGCAAGCAGCAGAAGGAGUCACCACGCAGUUCCAGCAACAAGAAGUAAAAUUUAAAUGUUAGAAAUUGUUUGUGCAAGCAUCAUCAUGCCUUCUUCUUUUUUUUCUUUUGAGGACCGGGCAAGCUGCUGCAUGCUGAUAGAAAAGGUAGGCGGGCGUGUCAAUCAGAUGACAUUUGACAACACAUGUAAAUGUUUCCAGGUCUGAAUGUAGUUGAUCGCACACAGAUCAUUUAUGGUGUUUCUUCUUUCAAGUGAAUGUUUCGGAAAUUUUGUUUUUCCGUCGAUCGCAUUCUGGAAAAUCAGUGUGUGCAAUCAAAAUCAGUGUGUGCAAUCAGUGUGUCAGGGGGGGGGGCGACGGGGGAGGACUGUAGAGUUGGUGCCAUAAAUGAUUUUGAAUUGCACUCUUUACGUCUAGACUCGAGGACCUGGUGUCAAAAGUCUUUUAAAUGCAGUAGACCACGCAAUUUUUUUGCCCGGCAGUUUAGCAAAUGUGUUACACGCGUCUGUUUGGUGUUUUCACAUUUCUCAUUAAGUCGGGUCGUGUGCAGUGGUACUCAGACGCUUUUCACUAAAACCUUUUAAAAAAAAAAAUACAUAAACCACAGAAUUAUCUCACGGUUCUAGAGAUCAUGAAUUAGAGUAGAGUAGAAUUAGAAUUAUGGGAAAUAAAAACUUGCUGUUCUUCGCAAGAUGCGGUGUUUAUUCACAUUCCUCUGACAUCUUGUACAUAUAGUUUUGAUUUUUAUGCAAUUAUGGUGUAAAUAUGAUAGCACUGUAAAACCGGGAGACAUGGGCUUACAUGAUUGUUGUUUGUAUCAUAUGUAUAGAUUUUUGCAGUGUCAUGUUGGUAUCGGAGUGUCGGCUUGAUAACUCUGGUCUGGCCUGAACUAAGCUACCGUGUUGUAUCUCAUCAGAGGCGCCCACGUUCGGACUUUGAACAUGUUUCCACAUAUUCCAAAUGAUAUGAAAGCUUGGGGUGGGGCUGCUGGGCUAUUUCUAAAAAAUGUAGCAUUAUAGAAGAAAACUGUGAGGGCUGUCAGCGAGUCCCAGGAAUGUCUUUAUCUGCCGGAUGACUGCAGCUUAACGAACGAUGUUUGUCUCGUGAAAUAUUGUGUCUGAUAAAUGAGAUGAACCAGCAACUCUGAACACAUUUGCCAACAAUUUCUGCAGCAGAGAUUUUCUUUUUUCCAAGGCUUUGGACAUCAUCUUGUGGUUAUGUCCACAUAUGUGCAGAGUGAUAUGAGUUCAAUGGUGAGUGAGAGUGAGCGCGCCACUGUUGGUGUCGCAAAGAAAUUGUGAUGUCAGGCUUCGGUCAGUGUCGUGAAAGUCGUGUUAGUGUUUCAGACUCUUCAUAAUGAGCAGCAGCUGAAGAUUUUAUAUAAGGAAUCUUCUUUUAUUUCCAAAGCAUAGUUCCAUGUCCACAACAUACAUUUGAUAUCAAUGUGCAAAUACUUGGUACUAUACAUAUAGGCUGUUAUAUAUAUUGGCAUUCGCUUUCUGCAGUUCACAUGCACACACAUCUCUGUGCUGAAGAUUGCCUUUAAAUUACGAACCCCCAAAUGACAAUGUAGUCUAGGACACUAAAUAUGUACAGUAAUGCAGUAUUUGCUCUGUUUUACAAAUAACAAUACUCUUGUCUAGUACAUAUACUCAAUGUUGAACAACAGAAUAUACUUAAUUGAACAUGACACAGGAUACAGUGGAUCGAAACAGCCGCACUGUAUCCAAGAAUUACACCGACACACGAGAUUGCAGAGGUUUUAAUGUUAAAAGAAUCUGAAGUGUACUUGCAUUAGAUAUUAAAUAAAUGUAUUGUGAGAAGAAUAAAUGCACCUUAACGUUUGCCAGUAGUCAGUUCAGAAGGUGAGUGGGAAAAAAAGGAGCCCGAUUGGAACUGAAACAGUUUAUGAAUUCCCCACAUGUCCUGACUGCAACACGACAUGAAUCACUGAAUUUUAUUUGAACAAUUGAAACAUGGAUUUUUUUUUCUUGUUUCUGCGACAACUGAUAUUUAAAAUCCUCAAAGCACAUUCAAUGUUUGUUUACUGAGCAUCAUGGAUGUAUAUUUUGUAUAUUGUCGAUUUGCCAAAUCUAUGUUCCGUGUCACAGAUGAUGUUGUUUAUAGUAGUGUGAGGACUUCGCUCCCUUGCCACCAGGAUGUUAAUAAGAACAUUUGUUUGUGCAGUAAUCAUGUCUUUUCAUGUCGAGUUCUUUGUCUGCUUGUCUUUUUUUUUUUUUUUCCUCCUCUGUGCAAAACUAGUACUAGAUGAACUUGCUUACAUUUGGUUUGUCUUUUAGAAGAUGUGCAAUAAAAGUGUUUUGAGUUUUGUAUUUUGCUCAAGGAAAGCUCUAUGGAUGUCAUAGAUGUUGUAUAUUAAAACAGAUAUUUAUACUUCUAAUGUUGCGUAAUACUGAAAAUAAAAUGGAAUUAUAAAUUA